UGGAAGACUGCCGACUAGACGCUACCGGACUUUAGUGGAUCCAAAAAUGCCCGGUUACAAAUGGGUGCCGUACACAGGGAUGCGGGCGACUCUCCCUGGGAUGAUUUGCGCUGGACGUGACGCUGACGGUGCCUCUUUGGUCGUGGGUCGAGCGAUCCAUAACGGGGAUGUUUUGCCGGCCAAAGCGAAACCCGAGCAUGCCGUCGCGUACGUGGCUUACGGGGGUCAGGAACACGAGAAACGACAAUUCGAGAUUUUAAUGCCUGCCGAUUUCCACUGGGUUGCUGAUCGGAAUGGUCAAGUACCGUAUGGUGCCGUAGAAUCCGGAACAACUAAUAACGGCGAAAAGCUAUACGUUGGUCGUGGCUAUCAGCAGGGAACUCCGACCGUUGGAAAAAUACAUCCGAGCCACGGCUGUCUGUACGUCCCAUUCGGAGGAAGAGAGGUUGCCCUCCGGGAAUACGAAGUUCUUGUGCAAAUGUAACCUGCCAGUUGCCAUAGUGCAACAGAGGUGUAAGUGCACGCGUUAACUUUACCAGAAAUUACGGUUAAACGAUAUUCUGCGGGUCCCCGUGUUCCCAGCUUCCUCACAUUAUGCUACCCUUUGCACCUCGUUAACAUCAUCAUGUUCAUUAGUGUUAAGGAAUCACUCUAGUGUAAUGAACCUGUACGUUCGUCAAGAUCGUUUGCCAUAUACUCGAUCCCCUAAUGGUGUAUAAGAAAUAAAU